ACAUCCACAGAGACCAUAAUACAGAAUCUGGUCAAUGACGAAGCAAACUACUAUCCCUCACUCGAGGAGGUCUUCACCGAGUUCCCGUUCCUUGGAUACACCGAUGAGCCGUUAGAGGAGCCCUUGCUUUAUGUGCCGUACUACGCACCCGAUGGCACGGAUCUGCACAGCGCUGCGGUGGAACUCAAUGUGCUGCUGACGGAUAUGAGCGUGGGCAAUGCACAGCGGCGGUUGAGAUUGAGCUUCGUUUGCGAUAUCUGUGUAUGA